AUGCUUGCUCCCAAGAGCACGCACAAGCGAAAACGCAGCUCGGCUCGCUCUGAUAAAGCUCGUAAGCUCGGGCCUUCUAGGUGGAUCGUCAACGUGUUACCGGCCGACCAUGCAACAAGCAGCACAGCAUCACACGCGGGAGCCAGCGGAGCAACUGCGGAGGCAACAGAGGCUGGUCCAUCCCGACUGCGGCGUCUCAAUCAGCUAGUGGAUGCGCAUCCAUUCAAUCGCUCGCUUGAGCUCAUCCUGCCCCUGACCACAGAAGGCAACGAUGCAGCAAUUGACAGCACUACGGAGCUUCCUGCUGCAGUCCGCUCUCUCAUUGACACCCUCGAGGAGCUCGCUUCAUCUCAUCGCUCAUACAGGGCUCGUAUCCCGCUCAGCCUCCUCCUUGAUCCUGUUUUUGUCACGGCGUACCUCAAGACGGGAUCGUUGAUAGCGCUCAGCGAUCAAAGCGGUGUCGCUGGCUUGGCUCCAGAUCUCGAGGACACGGUCUGCGUCGACGGUCAAGGAACUCUGGCCCUCUCACUAUGCAAGGAUACAUAUCAGACCCUCGGACUGACGGGCAGAGCGAGUCACUUCUCCCGCUUAUCAUCUGGUCGCGCUGCGGACCGGACGAGCGGUCCAGACUCGCGCUUCAUCGUCGAGCUGCCACUGUUGUCACCCUCGUUCGUCCCAGGCAAGAAGGGCUACCAACAGGCCCUUGAUCGACUUCGAGCAUGGGACCGAUCACGAGCACAGGCAUUGGUCACGGACCAGACGAUAGCACAGACGCAUGCUUCGUCCGGGAUGAAGCCCAGUGGACCCAUCAGCAGCGAGCAUGCAACAUGGGACAUGCUCUUCCUCUGGUCGCCCAGCAGAGCCACAGCGGAGGAGAUAGCCAAAUCAGGCUCUUCGAAAUCGGCAGCAAGCUCAAUCAACGAGAUCCACUUUCCGGAGCACCUUGUGCGUCCGGAAGAUGUUCGGGGCAUGAAGCUAGCAGCUGCUGCUCCUGUCGUCACGGACUCAGUGUGGAUUCCGACGCUGGAUGAUCCGUCAAAGCAUGCUUUGGCGAACUCAUGGCGCGAGCAGGAGCGACACUUUCCCGAACUCGAGCUCCCAAAUGUCCCGUCAACGACAACGUGGGGCGCAUUCCAAGAUGGACUCCAAGAAGCAGUGGAAUGGGUAGGUCUCGCUUCUCUUGGUGCAACUCCUCUCCGCACGUACGCGAGACCAGAUGCCACGUGCGUCUACAGCCCACCUUCUCCCUCGCGACCAGGUCGAAUUGUCAAGCUGAGCUGGUCUGGGUCUGCUGCGCAGCCUUUGCUGCUCAGCCCGCUGUUCAUCUCGCAGAUUGCGUCAGAGGUGGAUGGAUUCGUGCUGGGCCAGGCCUCUGCCAAGUCCGGGGCGGAAAAUGCGCCGUGGGCGACGCUGUCAUGUUCAGGCUACCCACACGCGCCUCUGACAUGGCGAUACAAGGUCCCAUUUAGCUCUCGCUACGGCGCACAGGAGCUGCCUGGCAACAAACCAAAAGCAAAGCCGACGACAGAGCUUGCGACCCAGGACGAGUCGAUGACCGAUGCGUCUUCUUCCUCUGAAGACGAAGAUGCAGACAGCGACUCGUCUCUGGACAUGGGCGAGCAGCGUGUCGCAAAACGCAAAAACAAGAAGCGCUCCAAACGAACCCUGGCCAAAAACCAGACCGAGCACUCCUUUAGGCCGAGCACGGGCGAGACGGGGUGGGUCUCGUUCGCGCUGGGCCCGCAUCAGACGCGAGAGCAAGCGAAACCCAAGUCGAGCCGAUGGGUGUUCGUCGAGCUGAUUGGCACCGAUACCCGCUCAUGA